AUGGAUUCUGGUUCAGUAAUAGUAGCUGAGAAUGGUCAGAUUCCGUCUUCAUCAGAUUUGAUGAAACAGAAACAAGAUGUUGUGACGUGUGUGCCAUUGAAAACGCAACCCAAACGGUCAUUCACAGAUCCAGUUAAAUUUCAUUAUCUUCAUCAGUAUGCGGAUUAUCUUUCAAAGUGGAAGUCCCGUCAUGAUGCAGAUUCUCGAUCCCUUCAUCAUGAAUACGGCAUGGAUGAUAGCUUAGCAGAUUAUGGCGAUGGUAAUCGAGAAGUCGGGUUUGCUCAGGAAUUGAUGACAAAAAGUUGCAAAUUGGAGCCGAUGGACAGAAGGAAGCGAGAAAGUUUGCAUAUCGGAAAAGGAGAUAGUACUGUUGUGGCUCAAGGCACUAGUAGUGGUCACUACUUGGAAAAUGCGGCAAGAAUUCCAGCACUUAUUCUCAAUAGCUGCAAUGAUGCCUCAGCGGUGGAAGCUGAAAAGAGAAUUUCACAAGUCGCGACAGAAUCGACUAUGGAGAACUUGGAAACUCCGAUUUCAGAAUCAUUAUAUGCCAAAAUAAUACCAAAAUCGAGGCGGUAUCCGUUAUUGGAAGUUGAAAAUGAUCAUAACGAUAAUGAUAACAAUACUGACAUGAGCAAUGAUUUCGAGAAACUUCAUAAUGACAGCAGCAACGGUAACGUUAAUGAGAGAGAUAACCUAAAUACUGGUGAUGUUAUGAUUUUGUCACAGCCACCGUCUGCUGAUGCAGGAUGCUACUCAUUCACUACUGAUGAGUUUCACGAGGCGGGAUUGUCGAAUCCAUCGAGGAAUCUGGAGGAACUUUUCAAAGAGUCUGCAGUCAUCAUGGAUGGAGAGCACGAUGAGAAGACGCUGAAAGAUAGUGGUAUCUGCACUACUCCAAUUAGCAGCCGAUAUCGCCCUAAUCCGGAUUAUCCA